AUGACUGACGAUGGAUGUGUCGUGAGUUAUGGAGAGCUCGUGGUGUUGGGGUACAGCAGCUACAAAAGAAGACAAGCCACUUCCGCAACCGUAGACAAGAGCCAGUGGGUCCCAGUGGGGGCGCCGAACUGCCACUUUGGCCUCGUGAAGCGACCUGUUGCCAAUGCUCUAGUCCCGACGAAAACUGUGCUCGUUGAAUCGUCUCUUCAAAAGCGAGCGUUUACACAUGCGUUGGACCACGCGUUGCAGGCAACAUCGAGCCGGUAUGUAUGUGUACCCGUCACCGACACCGCGACACUUGUGACAGAGUACGCCCCGUCGACAGCCAACCAAGCAGACAUGUUUCAACUGGGGCGGCAGCCAUCUCCAUGCAACGACUUUGUCGUGCCGGGCCAUUUGCAUGGCGCCAAAGGCACUGUCGCUCGUUUCACGGCGCGGAUCGUCUGUGACCGGACGCCGCCCUACACCUGUCGUGUGUUCGCUGGAGGUUUCGACACGGACCAUCAAGUCAUGGUCCCACUGAACGCGCCGAAAUUCUGCCCCACCUGCCAACAAUGGACUUCCACUUGGUCAAGAGACCAUGCCAAGUGUAUCCUUCCUAUGGUAUCGACGAGCCAUGGUGGUGGCAGCAGUGGCGAUGACCUCAAGAUCACCGUGUGUGGGAUACAGUCCUCUACAGGUUCAACAGCCACGCACACUGUGGAUGCGCUGACCCGCAAUGGCCUUCGCCUCUGGCGGCCAGACUCCCAAACGUGGGCUGAAGUGUCUGUGCAUGGGUCCUUGUACGCUGUCCCCACGGCUUCGUCCAGCACUUCAUUCGCGCGACCCACUGGUUCACCCAUAACGACGGAAGCUGUGCUAAUGCACGGCAGCAUUCUAGACAUUGGAGGUGUUUACGUCAAGUUUGUCCUUCGUCCGAGCUCAAGACCUGUUACUUCACUGUUGCUAGAGCUAACAACGCUUCACUGUCCAGUGCAGCUGACCCCGCUGCACUUCACCAACCACCACCCACAAGCCAAACCACAACAUGUUCCCAUCGACAAGGACCAAGUUGUUCCUGCAUACAUUCCACGUGGCUUGCAGCCGCACGUGUAUCCUGCCUGUGGCCACGUGUGUGGAUACAACGCCCAAAUGGCGUCGUCAUGUCCACUCUGUCGCACGCCGAGUUCGCUCGUACCCCUUCAACUCGCCCCGUUGAAUGGCCACCGAUUAGUCUGUGACGACGUUCCCGGGCUUCCGGGCUACGUGUUCAAUCCGUGCGGGCACAUGACUGGGGCGACGCUGGCGGCAGAAGCAGUGGCGUUGCGGGUGCAAAGCUCCGGCAAAAGCAUCUGUCCGUUCUGUGCAAAGACCCUCGACAGUCUCCGUCCGUACUCGAAAUUGUACUUUUACAUCGACGACGACGACGAUCAUCAGCACCCUAUGGACACCGUCGGCGCCAUAGCAUAA